AUGACUACAAAUAAUGACUUCUAUUUUGCUCUACUACGCAUAUCUAUUCUCCAAUUAUUGAAGGCACAAGGAUUUGACAGGGCAAGGCCCAGUCUGGUGGAUGUCAUGACCGAUCUCUAUGCAAAAUUCUUGAGUUUGUUAGCAUCAGAGGUCAGUUCUAUCGCUCAGGCAAGAUGUGAUCAGGACGAUACAAUUGCUUUACAAGAUAUAACUCUGGCUCUGGAAAAUCUAGGUAUUGUUAAGCCUACGAACGUUCUGGAUGUCUAUGAUGAAAACUCCGAAUUAUCAAGUUCACGAGGAAUGGAAAAGUUCAAGGACUGGUGUAUUUAUAGUACUCAAUUGACCGACGCGCGAAUAACUGCCUUACCCACAGUAGAAUUACUACAAAGUGAGGAAAAAGAAUCUGAUCCUUUGUCAGCAAUACCUGACUAUCUCAAUCAAUUACUGCAAAACAAGGGUGCGAAACAGAAAUUAGAAACAAAGAAUAGAAAAACAGAGUUGAUAGAAGAUCUAAUAAAUAAUAAUGGAUUAGAUGAUUGGAUCAAAUUAGUCAUUGCUAGACAACGUAUAAACAUGAUUGAAAGAGCUUCCAAAAAAGAAUCUCAAAAUGUACCGGCUUUACCACAUAUUGCAGGCUAUAAAUCUUCCAUUCUAAGCCGCCAUCACCACACUACCAUAACAAACGAAGAUAGGAUGCCUUCGGCGAUGACCCCAAGAGAUGAGGAUGCCUUAACAGAGAUCCAAGAAAAUCCAUUUGUAACUAGCAAACUGCCGAUAAUGAGAAAAGAAAAUAGGUUAGAAAAUAUAACUCUUUCAUUUGAGGAUGAGGAGCUUGAAUCACUUGGCGAAGUGGAAGGCCCUAACCAAAAGUCUCAAGAAAAUAACAAUGAGGAAAGUUUUAAAGAGAACAAUAAAAGUUUAACAGAGUCUCCUCAUGGUGAUGACCGUGACAUAUCAAUGUUUCAAUUCGACUCAAAUGUUGAUACUAAAUGGGCAGAGCAGGAAGAUAUGGACAGCACAUUUCAACGUCGAACCUCACUAGAUUAUGGGGGUUACUUUUAA